AUGGAUCCAAACCAGAACUCCGUGACAGUCAAGACGAACGACGGAAAGACACGAACCAUCCCAUACCAUACUCUCGUUAUUGCGACCGGCUCGAGUGCCAGAGAAGGCAUCCCAUUCAAGAACCUAUCCACCACAGGGGAGACAAAAUCAAAAUUACAUGAGUGGCAGGCAAAGAUCAAGGCUGCCAGGUCGAUCGUCGUUGCAGGCGCCGGCACUACUGGUCUUGAGACGGCUGGCGAGCUGGCCGAGGAGUACGCAAAGACGGGUCUCAAGCAGAUCACUGUUAUCAAUAAUGGUCUUCCCUUUGGCGACAAUGUCCGCAAGGACAUCCGAGAGGGUGCCGUGUCGGAGCUUGAGGGGCUCGGAGCGCGUUAUAUCGAUGCUAGGGUCAAUGCCGUCUCUGAUCACAAGGGGCAGAAGCUGGUGGAUGUGACACUGCCCGACGGCACUAUACAAACCAUAGUGACCGAUGUUUACCUACCUGCAUUCGGAGUCACUGCCAAUACGGAAUAUGUUCCCGACCAUAUGCUCGACAAGCGACGUCAAGUCAAGCAAACUACCUUCCUAAGGGCGGAGGGUUAUGACAAUAUCUUUGUGAUAGGGGACGCUGGGAAUCUGGAGCCGCAGAUGGCUGUAAGCACUGACAACCAAUUGAGUCACAUUGUCAAAGGACUACAGGCGUAUCUCACAGGCAAGGCCGUUCCAGAGUAUAACCCCAGCAACAAGGUGAUGUUUGGGGCGUCCAUUGGUAAGAAUAGGGGAAUAGGUCAGAUGGGUAAUUGGAAAAUCUACAGCCUCAUGAUAUGGUAUGCUAAGGGCCGAACCCUUGGAACUAAUAAGGCCGGCGAUAUAGCGGCCGGUAAGAGGACGAUACAUGAGGACAAAUGGUGA